AUGGCACAGACUCCAGAGAACAAGGCCGCCUGGCUAUCUGGCUCCAAAGUUACGCCGCUUGAGAUCGGCCCCGCGCCAUACACACAACCCGGACCUCACCAGAUCGUGGUGAAGAAUAGUGCACUGGGCAUCAAUUCGGUUGACUGGGCUAAGCAGCUGCUGGGUGAAGGUUUGCUAGGUCAUAUCAGCUAUCCUUUCAUUCUUGGAGAGGAUGUGGCCGGCACCGUCGUCGAGGUGGGCGAAGGCGUGGAGCGCUUCCGCGUCGGCGACCGUGUUGUGGCUGCGGCUGCUGCCAUCUCCCUCAACACCUCCCUCGAGGGCGGUUUUCAGCUGUACACAGUCAUUCGCGAGUGGCUAGCCGCACCACUGCCGGAAAGCAUUACCUUUGAGCAGGCCAGCGUGAUACCAUUGGCCGUGUUCACAGCCUCUCAUGGUCUGUUUGACGCCAGCUACCUGGGCCUUGAUUUACCCACCGUGCCCGCCCCUCCGUCUAGCGCCGACAGGCAUGCUGUCAUUAUCACUGGCGGCUCAUCCGCUGUUGGCAGCACCGCAAUCCAGCUGGCCGUGUCCGCCGGCUACGAGGUUGUGUCGACGGCGUCGCCCAAAAACUUUGACUUCGUCAAGAAGCUCGGUGCUACCCAUGUGUUUGACUACAAGAGUGGUACCGUGAUCGACGAUAUCAGUGCAGCUGUCAAGGGGCUCCACCUUGCCGGUGGAUACUCCAUUGGCGAUGGCUCCAUCGACCUGCUGGCUGCCGUCUUGGCCAAGCACGAGGGCCCCUCCACCCAUAAAGUCAUUGCUCUUGCUGGCGGUCAGCCCGGUGGUGGCAGCAUUGACCCGAGUGUCCAAGUCAAGUUCAUCCUGCUGGGCCCGGAUGCCGCCGGCCCGGACUCAGUUGUGAGCAAAAUCUACAAGAAUUACCUCCCGGAGGCACUAGCCAAUGCGCAAUUUGUGCCAGCUCCCGAGGCGAUCGUCGUGGGUAAGGGACUGGAAAAGAUCCAGGAGGCAUUUGGAAUUCACAUGCAGGGUGUUUCAGCGAAGAAGAUUGUUGUGUCACUAUAG